AUGUCCGAACAAAAGGAGCAAACCCUCAAAGCCCCCGAAGGUGACUUCCAGGAAUGGACCGAGAAGACUUCCAAGAGCGGGAAAACGUUCUUCACCAGAGACGUCGAUGAAAAGGGCAACACAACCGAGAAGCCAGCAGACGGGCCUGACCACGACGUUGACUCUCACGGCCCUCCCUUCGACAAUGAGCCAUGCUACUGGAAGGCAGACACCGAGGGUAUGACAACCACCGACUUCGCCAACAAGACAGGCAUCACCUGGUACAAGCUCAAGAACACCAUCGGAGCAACUUACCAGUUGACCAUCAACACGAACUCGACCUACGACUACACGUUCCACACGAAGCCUGAUAGCUAUGGAUUGGAUGUGUAUCAGACUUGGACGACUCAUGAAGUCACGUACACGACCUGGGACCCUACCGUGACCUCGGUCAGUGGCAGUUAG